AUGGCAAAUGUGGGAGACCCUGUGCAAAAUGGAAGCUUCGCUCAGGAAAUACGGAAAUUUCUCUUUUAUUCGAAGUCGUUUGCAAAGCCUGAUGGAGAAAUCGAGGAAAACGACUCUUUGCGUGCUCCGGUUGGUGUUUUCGCUCUCACUUCCUGUCCGGACCGACACUUCGCUGCCACUUGGAACCAUGGAGCGCAUGAGAACAUUAAAGAAGGGUCGGCUAUGAAUAUUUAUAACGAAGAUGGAGAUAAGUUCGAGACAAAGGUGGUAUGCAAGGAUCCACGAGAUUUUUUGCUUUUGGAAUCGGAUGAGAAGCUUGCCGAGGAUGUUCCAUAUAUUUCUUCAGGUGUCAUCGCUGGUACUGACUAUUUGAUCAUGGGCUAUCGAGAUGGGAUCGAAAAGGCUUUGCCAGCGGAUCCUAUUCUGGAACCAUCGUUUCUUCCGGGCACUGUCACCUCCCAGAAGUUUGACAAAUACGGUCACUUUGGCGGUACUUCUGCGGAAAUGCCCGGUUUUUCUGGGGGUCCUGCCUACCAGAAAUUAUAUCGCAAUGAGUUUCUCGGAUUGUGUCUUAAAGGGGCACAUUCGCUUACAGGGACUCAAUGUUAUCACAUUGUCGCUGGACGAUCGAUGAAAGGCGCGUUAUUCUAUUUAGAAGAUAUGGAAUACGAAAAGAAGGCACUUAAGGAGACGAGGGAAACCAAGGAGACCGAGGAGACCAAGGAGACCAAGGAGACCGAGAAGACCGAGAAGACCAAGAAGGUCAAAUGUUCUAUUAUC